CACUUUUCUCACCACAUUAAAAAUUCCUGACACUUUCGUCCUCUGAAAAAUUUGUUUUAAUUUGGGAACGUGCUCCAAAGGAAAAUUACAAAAAAAAUGGCAACGAUAAACGAUAAUAACGAUAUUUACUCACAAAAUUACGGCAACAACCCGGGCUUGCCAGGAAGCUAUAAGCCGUUCACAUCGCCGUACUUAAACUUUGAUCCUGGUUACGUACCGGUUAACCAACCCGAAUUCAUCUUUCUCGAUGGAAACAAUAAACAAAGGGGACGUUUCGAAUUGGCCUUCGGUCAGAUAGGCGGCUCGUGCAUGGCCGGUGCCGCAAUCGGAGGUGCAACAGGAUUUUAUAACGGAUUCAAAGCGACCACACUGGCCGGAGAGACUGGAAAGCUAAGGCAGACACAAAUCUUAAAUCACAUCAUGAAGAAGGGCAGCGCGACCGCGAACACUUUAGGAUCAAUUGCUGUGAUAUAUUCCGCGUUCGGUGUUAUUCUGUCGUGGGCGCGAGGUACGGACGACGAUCUCAACACAAUGGCCGCGGCGACGGCCACAGGGUGCUUGUACAAAUCAAGCGCGGGACUUCGAAAGUGUGGCAUGGGCGCCGCUGUCGGUCUGGGCCUUUCGGCCGCCUUCGCCCUUUGGAAUUCGAAAGAUAAACUAGCACAAUUAACGCAGUUCAAUCCAGCGGAGAGAUGAUGAAACUUGGAGUACGCGUCGGUACAGUGUCGUUUCAACAGUGAUCAAUAGUUUGUAAAUAUGCGUUUGUAGUUUCAGAUGUACCUAAUAAAUGAUUUAUCUUUCA